UGGUUCUCCACCCCCGAAUUAUUAGUCACGCACGGCUUCGCGCUCCGAGGCGGCUCCGAGUGACUCGGCGUCGGCGUCGCGCUCAGCCUGUUGUCAACGACGCCGUGGAUGCCUCCCGGCCUCGCGAGAGAGAGAGAGACUCCGGCGUCGACUCGAUCUCUCCCUACCAUUAUCCGCGCCGAGAGCAACGCCCAGCGGAAUUAUUCCGAGUGUCCCUGCGCGAGAAAUCCCGAUCGAGCCCGCACGCGAGAGUCGUCCCCGCGAAGGUUUCCGCGGACGCUCGCCUCUGUCCUGCCUCCCCCCCGCAAGCUGUGCCUAUUAUAUGAUUUGAGCGGACAUCGCCUGGGACAUUCGAACUGAGUCAGCAGUGUCAAGAUGGCCUGGCGUUUCAAAGCGUCCAAAUACAAAAAUGCAGCGCCGAUCGUCCCCAAGCCGGAGGCCUGCAUCCGGGACGUCUCCGUGGGCUCGUACCAGACCUAUGGGAACAAUAUAACGGCGUCCACGGCAUUCAUGGCGUUCAAUGUCGACCAUAACGGAUCCAGUCUGGCGGUACUGCCGCUGGAGGACUGCGGCAGGAAGAGCAAGACGAUGCCGCUACUCCACGCGCACGCGGACACUGUGACGGACAUGGAUUUUUCUCCGUUCCACGACGGCUUGCUCGCAACUGGGUCUCAGGAUUGUCUCGUGAAAUUGUGGCACAUCCCAGAGAGCGGCUUGGAGGAGUCGUUGUGCAAUCCAGAAUGCACAUUCUCGCAUCGCCAACGAAGAGUGGAAACGGUAUGCUGGCAUCCUGCCGCCGAGCAUCUUCUGACCACUGCGUCAUUCACCAAUCUCUCACUCUGGGACGUUCUCUCGCAACAGGAAUUAUUCUCUAAUAGCGACCACACCGAGGUAAUUCAGUCUGUAAGUUGGAAGGAGGACGGGACCGUUCUAGCGACGUCCUGCAAGGACAAACAAAUGAGGAUCAUAGAUCCGCGCGCGUCGACGUGUAUCGUCAAUUCAUGCUCGAGCCACCAAAGUAUCAAAGAUUCCAGAGUAGUCUGGCUAAACAGCGACCGAAUACUCACCACGGGAUUCGAUGCAGCGAGACUUCGUCAAGUUUACAUUAGGGACUUGAGGCAUUUAAAUGAACCGGUGAAAACAUUGGAAUUAGAUUGUAGCACUGGCAUUUUGAUGCCGCUUUUCGAUUCCGACACGAAUAUGCUCUUCCUCGCUGGCAAAGGGGACACCACUAUUAUGUACAUGGAAGUCACAGAUAGAGAUCCUUACCUAGUAGAAGGGAUCCGUCACAGCGGUGAGCAAACUAAAGGGGUUUGCCUGGUUCCUAAACGAGCAUUAAACGUAAUGCAGGCUGAAGUCAACAGGCUGUUACAACUCACCUCCAACAUGGUGAUUCCUAUCAUGUAUCAAGUUCCACGCAAAACAUACCGAGACUUUCACGCAGACAUUUACCCGGAUACAACCGGUCCCGUUGCUCAAAAUAAUGCAACAGCGUGGAUGAAGGGUCAUAAUGCACCUGUGCCAAAGAUAUCGUUAGAUCCUGCUAAGAGAAAUAAGGACGAAGAUCCGAUUACGGUACACAAAGGGAACUUAGCGGUGCUCAAAGACAAUCAGCGCGAAAUUAAAGUAGAACAAACGAACCGGCCGCCGAAACCCUUGAUCAUUGCGCCAAAGGGAUUCUCGAAAGUUGCGCAGAGCAACAUGAACGAAAAUGACAACAAUAUGGAGAACGACACCGAGAAGAUCGAAGAUACCAAAAAGCCGCCCGAGGCAGAAGAAGAGAAGACCAAGAUACAAAAUGGAGGACAAGCCGUUCCGCCGAAACCUUUGCCGAGAGCAUCAAGAACCAACAGUAUCUCCGAGGAGGAACCAAAACCAGUGGCGCGUCCUCGUACAUCGCCGAAUCCCGGAUCAGUAGUUACAUCAGUGAACCCUAACGCGAUCGGCGGAUAUAAGCCCCGACUCGGUCCUAAGCCGUUUCAAGCAAAGUCCAGCAGCCAGGAAUUUUCAUUUGACAAGGUCUUCUCUGUACCAAUUGCGCCGAACAAUGACAGCAAUACCAAUGGUUAUCAAAAUGAAAUUAAUAAUACUGUGGAGCAUAAUACAGAAGCGGAUAAGUCGCCGACCUUGACGCCGAAUGAGCGCGCAAAGGAUACGGAAAAUGGCAAGAGUGACUCGAGCUCCAUCGAGGAAGACGCUAAUUCGAGUGACUCUGGUUACAAGCCGAAGACACCGAGCACCGCGGAAAGACGCAAGGUGUUCGAGACGAAAGUGAAGGACGAAUCGCCCGAGAACGAGGAUGUUGGGAAUUUCGAACGCGGCACGAACAGAAAUUCGAUCGCCGAAAGGCGGCGCCUUUACGAGAGUCGGUCUGUGUCCGUGACCGACGGGAAUUUGGCGGAGAAGGCGAUGGGUUCGCCAACCAUGCUGAGACGAAGGGAUUCCUUCAAGUCGAAGAGCGAGGUGAUUAAAGAGGACGAAACGAAAAAGAGUAUCCCCAUGUUGCGACAGCAGAGCAUGGAUCCUAAAUUGGAGAAGGUGGAGCCCGUUGUUACGCCAGCUUCAAAGAGAACAUCGACAGUUUUCGGAAGAGUGUCCAAGUUUCGGCACUUGAAGGGUACCCCUGGACACAAAUCUACACACAUUGAAAAUAUACGCAAUAUCAGUCGUCAGAUAUCCGGCGAAUGCGAUGGCUUUCAUGCUAAUCCCGAUCGAGUGGCUGUACCUUUGAGUGGCCCGGGUGGGAAGAUAGCAGUAUUGGAAUUGAAGAAGACUGGGAGACUGCCUGAUGGAGUUAUGCCAGCGUUAGUCCACGGCGCGACUGUAAUGGACUUUCAGUGGGAUCCGUUCAAUAAUCAACGGCUGGCAGUUGCGUGUGAUGAUGGAAUAAUUCGCUUGUGGGAAAUACCUGAGUCUGGUUUGGCGGAACCAACAAACGCACCAAAGCACAUCAUAGAAGCCCAUACCGACAAGAUUUAUCUAAUCAAAUUUCAUCCGCUGGCGUCAAAUGUUCUUGCAUCCGCUUCGUAUGAUAUGACCGUCAAAAUCUGGGAUCUGUCGCUGUUAUUGUCUACCGAGACGGCGAUUGCGAAAAUCACGUUGACCGGUCAUACCGAUCAGAUAUUUAGUUUGGCAUGGUCACCGUGCGGCCAGUACCUUGCCAGCGCAUGCAAGGACGGUAAACUACGAAUCUAUAAACCUCGAUCAAGCGACGUUCCUGUGAAAGAAGGCAAGGGUCCCGUCGGAACGAGAGGAGCAAGAGUUAUAUGGGCGCUCGAGGGCAGAUAUCUCGUUGUAAUGGGUUUUGACAAAGUUUCUGAAAGACAGAUUUACGUGUUUAAAGCGGACAAUUUGAAUACUCCUUUGAACACUGUUGGAUUGGAUGUUUCGCCUGCCAUACUAAUGCCAUAUUAUGAUGAAGAUAGCUCCACGCUUUUCCUAACUGGACGCGGUGAUUCUACAAUAUAUGCGUUUGAAGUAACCGAGGAAGCUCCGUAUUGUUGUCCAUUGAGUCACCAUAGAUGCAGUAGCUUGCACCAGGGCUUGUCAUUCCUUCCCAAAAAUAAAUGUGACGUGGCUAGCGUGGAAUUUGCCUCCGCCUUGAGGCUAACAAAUAACACAAUAGAGCCUUUAAGCUUUACUGUACCGCGUAUAAAGAGCGAAUUAUUCCAAGACGAUCUAUUUCCUCCAACCAAAGUCAUCUGGAAACCGACUUUAUCCGCGUUAGAGUGGUUUAAUGGUGGCAAUAAACAGCCAUCUAGAAUGAAUCUUAAACCACCUGGUAUGGAUAAUUUAACUGAGAAUCAAUCCCAAAGUGCAGUUACACUUCCCCAAAUUCCAAGCAAACCAUCGUCGACUCCUUUUGGCAUCACUACACAACCCUUCAACAGACUAGGUUGGAAUCCGGACAUUAAGGCAAAACAAGAAGAGAUCCAGAAAACUAUGAGCCAUUUUGUGGGAGAUGUCAUCCAGUGUUCACUAGAACAAGAUCACAUGGAAGGUGUCGAGGAACACGAGUGGGACGAGUAAAAAUUGAAGACUUGUGGAUAGAUGCAAACUGGGUGAGGCAAAAAUCUAAACGUAAUAUUGUUCGAGCCGCGUAAAUUAUUUAUAAAUUAGAAUUAUAUAUCGCGCGAAUGGCAAGAAUAUCGCAGUGUUACUGUGUAUAGAGUGAGAGACAGUUGUAUCUGAGAAAUAUACUUCCAACGAUUUUCUUUUGCGGAGGAAGUGAGAGAUAAGUACAGUGUUUUAUAUCAAUUUACAACAAUACUCAUUUUUUCGUAAAUCUAGCUUAAGAUUUUGUAAACGCAUUUUUCAAUGCAUAGAAAUAAGAGUUCAGGCCUUGUCAAACCACAUUAAUUUAAAGAUAAAAAGAUAUGCGAGGUAAAUGACACAAGAGAUUUCUUAAUCUGGCGUUCAAUCAAUGCAAUAUUUGAUAUAGCGCAGUGUCGAUAUGAUAACACUGUUCUUAUAAAACCAAAAUGCGUGAUUAUAGCUCUAGUCCCAAAUCACUUUUCUUUAAUUGCUGAUUCGUAUCACUUAUAUAUUUCUAGCUACAAAUAAUUCUAUAGUAUUCUAUAGUAUAUCACUGUAGAGAUUAUAUUAGAUGUAGGAUAUGCUUAAUUAUUGUCAAGAGAAUUGAUAAACUUAUAAGAUUUGACAAUAGUUUCAUCAUCAUCAUCAUCUAUUUAAUGAAUAUCAGUUUGGAAGUUUAGUGGAUGAGUAAUUCUUCAUAGAGCAAAUAUGCUAGUAUAUUCAUUACGCUUUUCAGUACCGAGUGUGAACGAUAUCAAUUGUGUCAGAGAUCAGAGACAAUUAUUGACGAGUAUUUAAUUAUUCGCUAAAUAUCGAGCAUUGAAAUGACCAAUUUCCUAUGUAAACAAGAAAAAAUCGCAAUACGUGCCAUUUAUGAAACGACGCGACAUUUAGCCUGUUGUUCAUAAGAAAAGGAAAAGUAUUAUGACCAAUAAUUCUUAGGUAUUUAAACAUAAUUUAUUUCGAUAAGUUGACAUUCCUUAUUUAACUGCCACACCAGUGCCAGAUUUAUCUUCGUUUCGACAAUGCCAAGUGUCAAUAAUGGUCUCAAUGUAUAUGUCAUAAUAUAAUCUAUCAUCGUAUAUGUGUGGAUAAUAGAGCAAAUGACAGUCUUGUCGCAGAAUCGCGGGGCAGAGGUUUUCUACGGUAUCCUUAUACGCACAUACAAAAAGACAUUAUACAAAAUAACUGAUAGAUGCAAUGCGUAAAUAAGUAAUUGUAAGCCAGUAAUUUAAUUGUAUGGCGAAGUAUACUUCAAUUUACGCCUCGAUCGAUGAGCAUUGAGCACUUUGCAAGAUUCAAACGAUAUUAAUCGGGAAAAAAAUGACUUAUCUUUUUCACAAUCUUUUUCUUAUCGAAAUACUGAAUGCAAUUGCCGAUUUGUUAAGCGAUAAUCUUUUCAUACGAAUGUGUAGACGAGAAUAUCUUUGUUUUGCACAUGUAUUUUUGCAAGCUAGUCGUUAUGGAAACAAAAAUUAUGGUACUAUGUCCUCCGAAAACAUAAGUUUUGUAAUUAGCGAUGAAACGCCAAUUUUUCUUUGUGAAAAAUUUAAUGAGUAUUAUCUGUAUAUAUAACUUCUUCAUUAUUCUUCGGAUCUCGGCACGCAAAUGCAUUUGAUCAACAUAGUGCCAAAAAUCCAUUAUCAAUAAUAUUUUUUGUAUCUUGCACAUUUUAGGUCUAUAAGAUGUUCCGAAACGUUCGAAAGUAUUAAGAAAUUUUCUAUACGUGUCAAAGGUGAAGAAUGAGACGGAAAAUUGAUUUGCCGCUGCCAUUUAUGUCUUGUACGUACCAUUGACUUUACAUUGAAUUGAAUUAUUGACGGAAGGAGGUACGAUAGUGUCGCAUAUCUUAAUGUAAUUUUUCUUACUCGUUUAUUCCGUAUACGUUAUGUAUUGCACACAAUUACAAUCCAGAUUCGUAACCAUUUUGCAGUUUUCAAGCGAGCUCUAUUCGUUUACGACCAGAUUAUGAAUAAUAAAGGGCGAUCCUUUACAGCACGAGAUUCGAAAUAAAGAUGCAUAAUAAUAUUUAAAGAAAAAUGUACGAGACUGAACGUUUCAUGACACUCGAUCUCGUGCCUUGUAAAUCAUUGCUGUCUAAAUAAUUUUAUCAUAUAGUAAUGUACCUUUAUAUCUCAAUCUUAUAACGUUCAUGUAUUUCAGCUAUAAAAUCUUUUUAUCAAAA